UUCAACGAAUCGCCGUACGCUAUUUUACCCGUCGCAAUCGCGGCACGUCGCCGCGUUGCGGCAAAUCCGCCGGAAAGACCCGGUUGCCUGCUCACCCGGUUGCCCGCCAAGCCGAGAAAUCUCGGUCUGUCUGUGUUCACGGUUCCCGACGUGGCUUCUGCCACGCCAAUCGUCAAGACGAUAAUAUAACCUCACUCCCGGCCGAGCCAGCCUUGACUCCCGGUGAGCGAUGUCAACGGUCGCACCGCGCUCGUACAUUGCCGAGUCGGAGCCUUGGUCAAGCGAACGUCGACGACGACGACGACGACGACGACGACGCUUUUGUUGAUGUUAAUCUCUCUUUUAAUCGCGACCUUCGAGCUAAACUUUAGAAAUUGUAUUCUCUCGAGAAGCAAACAGAUCACGUGCCACGAUGAUGACGAUUGUUAACUGCUAUUUUUACAAUGGAUGUGAGUGUUGGGGACAUCGACGAUGUGACCUUCCACCUAGGGGAGAUGUUUGACAGCUAUGAGGAGCUAGAGCAAAAGUUGGACAGAGUCUCGAAGCAUACUUUGGUCCAUUACUGGAGGCGAGACAGCAGAACUGUAAGUGGGGCUCAUAUGAAAACUGCACGGCCCAUCAGCGAACGAUUGAAGUAUUAUUCCGUCAAAUAUGCGUGUAUUUAUGGUGGUCAAAAGUUUCUUCCACGCGGUGCUGGCAGGAGACAAUCUCAGUCCAUACGAACAAAUUGUCCUGCUCACAUUAUGGUCAGAGCAUCUAAAGAUGGCACAAAGCUGGAAGUAACUAGUGUUAAUAAUGAGCACAAUCAUGAAAUCUCAGAGGAUCUAUUUAAGAAACUUCCUCAGGAGAGGAAACUCUGUGGUGAAAUCAAACAAGAAGUCCAAGAUCUCAUGCAAUUGCACAUUGAUCGUAAGAGAUUGAAAGAGUACGUGCGAUUGCGUACCAAUAAGGUGUUGCGAUCCAAGGAUUUGUUUAACAUAGCGGCAGCUAAUAAACAAAAAAGAGAAAUCCCAAUAGAACGAGCAUAUCAGUUAUUUGAAAAGAUUCGUAAUAUCGAAAAGAUGCAGGCAAGAGGUAUUAAUAGAAAAAUGUAUUCCGAAUCUGAAGACGAAAUGGCGCAGACUAUAAAAAGAAUGAAGAAGGAACAGGAAUCUGCCUGGAAUCAAGACCCAUUGACAACAGAGUUAGAAGUGAACGAAGCAAACGAUGGCGAAGACUCUUAUAGCGGUCAAUUGACGCAAGAAGAGGUAGUCGAUGAAAUUGACACAAACGAGGGUGAAUUGUUGAGAGCGAACAGUGAGGGCGAUAUAAUAGCGACCGACGGAGAAAUAGUGGGCGAGCUGGUAAUGGAGAACGGCGAUCCGUCGGUGAUAGUCGAGUCUAUCGUUAAUGCGGACGGUUCUGUUUUCGUCGAUGAAAGGGAAUUCAAUAGCUACUGUGACAAUCACCUGUCGCACACGGUAGACGAUAGCCAAUCGCCGAAGCCGCGUGUUCUAGACAUAGAAACAAUUACCUCCUCCACCACUACUAUCGAGAAAAUUACGAAAGAAUCGUCUAUUUCUUCUAAUGACAAAUCGCAAAGCGACCCUUUGACGCUUCCACAAUCACCGAAGUCAACUGGCAGCUUCCAAGAGACAGAUUCGAGAAUUUGGAUUAUGAAGGAGAGUGCUUCUAUGGAAACAGAACCAGAUAGUGGACCCGAGAGCGAGACAAACUUAGUGAUUAAGCCGGUCUCAACGAUGAAGACACCGGACGCGGAAACGUCCGAGGCUGUAUUGUCCGACGAAACGAGUCAUCAGCUGCUUCAAGAGCAGCUUGCGGUACUGCGCGCCGAGAAGGGGAAGCUGUAUCACGAAACCGAGAUGCUGAAACUGAAGAAGGACAAGUUGAAGUUGCAGAUCAAUUGCUACUCGAAUGAAAUAAAGAAACAGGAGAUGGAGAGAGAGAAGCUGAGGCUGGAGAUCAAACUACUUCAAUCCAAAGUCAUGGAAGAUACCAAUGAUGUCUCACACUACAUCUUUGUGCCCUGAACUCCUGGGCUUUGUUAUAAAGUGACUAUUGUAAAUAAUGUCUUGUGUCGUUUAGCAAAAUCCGACUUUUCAUGUGAUUAUCAUGGAAAUCAGAUGUACAUAACAUAUAUACAGAUGUGUAUAUUAGUCUGUGUUACAAACUCUUGUUAGAAGCAGUAAGAGGAGCUUCGUUAAUUAUUUUAACAAGGGGAGAACGAUAUUCUUCAUUCAAUACAAGAUAAUGUGAUAAUGUAUAAUUUUAUAAAAAUACUAAUUUUAUUAUUGAUUUUAUUACGAUAUGAA